AUGGAGAGCGCAGGUAACCUCUCGGACGCGGAUUACGGGAGCCCAAUUGUCGCCUUUACUAGCAACGGCAGUGGAGGCAUGAUGGGCGACUUGUGUACGCGCAACCUGAGCGCGGGCUCCAACAGCAGCGUGUGCGAAGGGGAGCUUGCCGCGAGCGGCGACCUGGACUACGUCGACUCCAACCCGGUCAUCAUCGCCAUCGUCAUCACGGCCGUUUACUCCAUCGUAUCCGUGGUGGGGCUGGUGGGCAACGUGCUCGUCAUGUACAUCAUAGUCAGGUACACCAAAAUGAAGACGGCCACCAACAUCUACAUCUUCAACCUGGCCCUGGCUGACGCCCUUGUCACCAGCACCCUGCCCUUCCAGAGCGUCAACUACCUGAUGGGCACGUGGCCCUUUGGCGACAUCCUCUGCAAGAUGGUCAUGUCCAUCGACUACUACAACAUGUUCACGUCUAUCUUCACUCUGACAACCAUGAGCAUUGACCGCUACGUGGCAGUGUGUCACCCGGUCAAGGCUCUGGAUUUCCGCACGCCGCGCAACGCAAAGAUCGUCAACGUGUGCAACUGGAUCCUGUCGUCCGCCAUUGGCCUGCCCGUCAUGUUCAUGGCCUCUACCGUCGUCAGUCCCUCCGGUAUAGUGGACUGCAAACUGAUUUUCCCGCAACCCUCCUGGUACUGGGACAUCCUGCUGAAAAUCUGUGUGUUCAUCUUCGCCUUCAUCAUGCCCGUGCUCAUCAUCACUGUAUGCUACGGCCUGAUGGUCCUGCGCCUCAGAAGCGUGCGCAUGCUGUCAGGCUCACAGGAGAAGGACAGGAACCUGCGCCGCAUCACACGCAUGGUGCUGGUGGUAGUGGCAGUCUUCAUCGUGUGCUGGACGCCCAUCCACAUCUUUGUCAUUAUCAUCGCCCUAAUAAACAUUUCCAGCUCCACUCUGCAGACCGUCACCUGGCACUUCUGCAUCGCCCUGGGCUACACCAACAGCAGCCUGAACCCGGUGCUUUACGGCUAUUUGGAUGAGAAUUUCAAGCGUUGCUUCCGUGAGUUCUGCUCAUCUGGACCGUCGCUGCUGGAGAUGCAGAACUCGGCCCGGGUGGGUGCAGCGGGACGCAAGGUGCCACAGUGCGAGCCCAACAGUGCGCAGACGGGAGACAGGUCAAAUCAGCAGUCAUUGACGGUGAAAGACAAGUCUGGAAGUCAAAAUGGAUUGGACAUAGCAGCCAUUAGAGGCAGCCAAUGA